CUGCUGCUGCUGCUGGACUCUGAAGGAAAGAUGGCGGCGGCCGAGACCGAUCGCGAUGUACCGUCCGCGCUGUGUAGCGAAUUCCUCAAUUUCUCCGCAAAGGACACCGCUGCGAAAUGGCUGCAGGUGAGCAACCUGCCCAAAGAGGUGUACCAGCACUUGGCCUGCUACGUCCCCAAGAUCUACUGCCUGGGCCCCAACCUGAACCCUCAGAAUGAGGACCUUCUGGCUCCGCUGCUGCUUCAGAGCCCGCUGGAGUGGUACCUGUGCGGGGAAGAGCCGUCCGUGGGAUUGGCCAAGCUGGAACAGAACAACCAGCCCUCACAACUCUGUGGCCAUGUGUUUAAAGUGGGAGAGCCAACGUACUCCUGCAGGGAGUGUGCGGCUGAUCCGACCUGUGUGCUGUGUAUGCAGUGCUUCUUAGGCAGCGUUCACAAAGAGCAUCGCUACAGGAUGACCACCUCAGGAGGAGGAGGCUUCUGCGACUGCGGCGACACAGAGGCCUGGAAGAAGGGCCCUUACUGUCAGAAACACGAGCCCAAUAUCAGUGACUCUUCUCAGAAGGAGCUUAUUGGUGUUAAAUCCUUAAUAUCCCUAAUCGGAAGAUAUGUUUUUGGGGGGGUAUGUUUUAUGAUUGCUUUUUAUUACUGCAUGUUAGUAUAUUGGGAGAAAUGUAACUUGCUUAUUUUGUUCUCAAGGGAGCGUGGAGACACGUACUACUGCAUGCUGUUCAAUGAUGAGGUCCACACGUACGAGCAGGUCAUCUAUACACUACAGAAAGCCGUGAACUGCACUCAGAAAGAGGCCGUCAGUUUCGCCACCACUGUGGACAGAGAUGGCAGGAAGUCUGUUCGCUUUGGGGACUUCCAGUUUUGUGAGCAGGCCAAAUCUGUUAUUGUGAGGAACACGAGUCGGCAGACGAAACCCCUGCGGGUUCAAGUCAUGCACUCUUCUGUAGUGGCUCAUCAGUGUUUUGCACUCAAAGCUCUCACCUGGCUCGGCCAAAUCAUCAGAUACUCAGAUGCUCUGAGGAGGAUCCUAUGUCAGGUGGGUCUGCAGCGAGGACCGGAGGGAGAGAACUCUUCUCUAGUGGACACGCUCAUGCUCUGUGACUCCAAGAUGUGGAAAGGAGCGAGAAAUGUUUACCACCAGCUCUUUAUGAGCAGCCUACUCAUGGAUACAAAGUACAAGAAACUUUUCGCAAUCCAGUUUGCAAAGAACUAUGAGCGCAUGCAGAACGACUACGUGAAGGACGACCAUGACAGGGAGUUCUCAGUAACUGAUCUUUCUGUGCAAAUGUUCACCGUGCCUUCUCUGGUAAGUAUUUGGAGGGAGAGACGGCCUGCCAUGAGGAAGAGGCUCGUCAUUUGGGGUUUUUGGUCGCUUCUUCCGUUUCCUUUUUCUCUUUAGAUUUUAUUUUAAUGCUUUCUCUUCCCUUUACAUUUUUCCUGUAUCUUUUUACAAUUGUUCGUUCCUCUUUCCUUACUCUUUAGUGUGAUGCACUGAAAUUAGGGGCCAAGCACAGAAGGUGCGAUGGCACCUAUUGUAUCCAUUGGCGUUCUUAUAUUCUUCUUCCGCUCUGGAAGUCUAUGGCAGCCCAUAGAACCGCUUGCGGGAAAUUUGUGAAAUUUGACUCACGGAUAGAGGACAGUCUUAACAUUAACUGCAGCAAGUUUGUAGUCUCUAACUCAAACUCUUUAGUGCCACCACUUGUCCAAAGUUUCACUCAUGUUUAUGCUAAUAACUUUUAAACCGUAAGGCACAGAAGGAAAAUGCUCGUUUCUUCUGAAUCCUUGGCUCAUGCCGAGUUGAAUGUCCAACAAUGUAAAAAUCGCAAGGUUUAGUUUUUUUCGCUAUUUUUUUUAAAGUUUGAAAAACCUACUUUUUUGAACUCGUCCUAGACGGUUUGUC